UUUCUCGGGCUGGCUCAGGAACAAUCAUCCGGAGAAGCUGUCGCAGCCAUGCCCGUCAUCACAGCUGGACAUGCCGUGACUGAAGCUCCUCCGCCAGACCCUCGACACGACAUGCUAUGGAUGAGCAUCGGGAUCUUGCUCGGCUACUUCGCCAUCUCAGUUAUCAUAAAAGGCCUGGACAGCCUGAGAGGAAAUCGAACGGCCAAGCUCGGACAAUACGUCAAGGAAAUCGAUUCUCAAAAAAACGCGAUUGCUAUCAGGGAGAGAAGGAUAUCCUCGCUUGAGGUGGAAGUUCAAACAAAAGAUGUGACAAUCCAGACUCGCGACAACACUAUUUUGAGUGAAAGACGGGCCAGAGCAGAUGCGGAGUUGGAGGUUGAAAGACUCACCCCUUUCGAGAGGGAAGCAAAUGAUCUCCGUCCGGUGGUGGGGACGUUGCGCAAUGAAACGGGAACCAGUCAAGAGGAGAUCACCAGACUUCAACCUUUCGAGACGGAAGCCAACAAUUUGCGGCCCCAGGUUGGGAGAUUGCGGGAUGAGAUACGAGAUAAGAACCGAGAGAUCGCAAAUCUCAAAGCAGAUAUCACGAAACUUCAAGGCGAUCUGGAGGGCGCCAACCAGCGCUUCGAAGUUGUCAAUCAGCGAGCGGCUGAGGGUAAGGAUGUGGAGAGGAAUUUGAAGGGCUUUAUAAGGGAACGAGAAGUGGCUCUUGAGAGAAUCAAAGCACAGCAUGAAGAACAACUAGACACGUUACGGGAGAAACACGAAGAUGAGAAGGAGUCACUGCAACAGCAGAGAGAGCAGGAAAUCGAAGCUGUGAGACGGAAUGCAAAUAGUGAGCUGGAUGCGAUAAUCAUCACCAAGAACCGAGAACUCGAGAUGCUAAGGAGAGCGAGAGAUGGGUCCUGAUCCUACAAGCAAUACUCCGUCUACCGUCGAGACGUAGUGAAUUACGGUCUGUGUCUCUUCUGGGAAAUUUGGGGCUGAGAAGUUCUAUAUCCGAAUUGAAUUCCAGGGCUUCUGCGCAUGGGCUUGAUUCAGGGGUCGCAGCAUCGGAGUUGAGCUCAUCCUCGAAAACUCCAUCCAACCCCGGUGCUGGAAAAGUGAAGCAGUGGUGAUGAGGAUUUUCGAAGGGACAGUUGUAUAGUAGCUGUGAUGGUACGAUAUGAAUUUUAUGACCAGAAUCUAAUGUAAAUUGGAAUUUGACGAUUGCUCACGGGGUUGAUCGAUAUCAAAGGUGAGUCCUAGGAUGGGGUCUCGGUUCGCUUCAUUCACUCUCAACAUUUCAAGAAAUGCGCCUUUUCCAUGAAUAAAAUUCAU